CUGAAAACUUUCCACUCGAUCGAACCAAUCGCUGCUCGUAUGUCCUUUCAUGGUAAAGUACAUCUAGUCAUGAACACGGAAAUAAGCAGCAAAGACCUUGUUACUCAACGACCCAGCUACUCUCUGACAGUCACCAUCAGACCAUCAGACCCACCAGAUGGACAGGCUGUGUGUCGCUCUGAUGACAUUCUUAUGUGCUGUGUCCUCCAGUCAGGAUGGGAUCUCUGCAGCAGAGGUGGAGCUGAGAGUCCGACCAGGAGACAACAUCACUCUCUACUGUGACUGUAACAGAACUACUGGAGUUUAUAUUAUGUGGUAUAGGAACUGUUCUCACAAGUACCAGCCUCCUCUAGUUAUUUCAACUAAGUUGUUUAGUUACAUCUUUCCCCCUGGAUAUAAUUUGGUGUGGAACCCCUCUAACAACUCCUAUGAUCUACUGAUUGAGAACAUCACUGAGUCUGACCUGGGACUCUACUACUGUGGGACGAAGGAGAACAAGGUCGUGGAUGUUGGAGGGAAAGGAGUGAUUGAACAGAAAGAGUUGUACCACUAUGGAAACAUCACCACUAGGAUUUCAAUUGACAUCAGUCCUCCUGAGUCCUCUUCCUCCCCUGAUGUAGACUGUGGUCUGUGUUGGAUGUUGCUGUUCAGUCUGUGUCCUGUGUCUGCUCUCCUCUCCCUUUUCUGUGUCUACUCCUUCUGCAGAACAACAGCUCCAACUGAGACUCAGGUUCCUCUGAACAGGACGACCAGCAGGGGAAGUGACAGCAGAGAGCAGACUACAGUCAGAUACCUACGCAUCCAUUAAAUCCAGCAUUUUGAGACUGAAACCAUCCAUCAAUACCAGCAGAGUGAGACCCAUUACCAGCCAUCAAUACCAGCAGAGUGAGACCCAUUACCAGCCAUCAAUACCAGCAGAG